UUGGGUUUAUCAUAGGUAUUUUAAUCAUUUGGCUUGCUCAAAAGCGCAACCCAAUCCUUAAGAAGUGGCCUCCUUUGCUUGGAAAGACAGAUCUAUCAAGGGCACUGGGUCACAGUGGAGGAGGAGAGGUGGAGGACAAAGCCAUGGAAGCCCAUCUCUCUCGCCCUCUGGCCUUCUACCUGACACAAGCAUGGGACAUCUGCUCCUCGCUGUCGGCCGACGUUGGGCUGCAUCGUAUCGAGUCGAUAUGGUGGUGGGUGAGAGCGGCGGUGCUGGUCCCGGCCGUGAAGGCCGCAGUCAUCUCGUGCCUCGUCAUGUCGGUGAUGCUCGUUGUCGAGAAGCUGUCCAUGGCCGCCGUCAGCCUCUACGUUAUGGUCUUCCGCCGGACGCCGGAGAAGGUCUACAGAUGGGAGCCCUUAUCAGGGGAUGUGGAGCUGGGCUCUUCUGCCUACCCCAUGGUCCUUGUCCAAAUCCCCAUGUUUAAUGAGAGAGAGGUCUACCAGUUGUCUAUAGGAGCUGUAUGCUCACUUGAUUGGCCAUCCGACCGACUUAUUAUACAAGUCCUCGAUGAUUCAACAGAUGCAGCAAUCAAGGAUUUAGUGCACAAAGAAUGUGAAAGAUGGUUGAGGAAGGGAAUGAACAUACAUUAUGUGUCAAGGGAUAAUAGAAAUGGGUACAAAGCAGGUGCUCUAAAAGAAGCUAUGGAGCUUGACUAUGUGAAGAAGUGUGACUGUGUUGCAAUAUUCGAUGCAGAUCACCAGCCCCCAUGUGAUUUUCUCAUGCGAACAAUUCCUUUUUUCAUCCACAAUCCUAAAAUUGCUCUUGUUCAAGCUCGUUGGAUGUUCGUGAAUGCCGACGAAUGCAUAAUGACAAGGAUACAAGAGAUGUCUCUGAAUUACCACUUCAAGGUGGAGCAACAAUCAGGCUCAUCAACAUUUGCAUUCUUUGGUUUCAAUGGGACUGCUGGUGUCUGGAGAAUCUUAGCUUUACAAGAAGCUGAAGGUUGGAAGGAACGAACUACUGUGGAGGACAUGGACUUGGCAGUCAGAGCUACUCUCCGGGGCUGGAAAUUUGUAUAUAUUGGUGACCUUGAGACCUGCCAGGUUAAAAGUGAACUACCAAGCACUUACAAGGCCUAUCGAUAUCAACAACACCGUUGGGCUUGUGGACCUGCAAAUUUAUUUAAGAAAAUGGCUUGGGACAUUAUUAAGGCCAAGAAAGUGUCCAUAUGGAGGAAAUUUUUUUUGGUCUACAACUUCUUUUUUGCCCGAAGGAUUGUAUCGUAUAACGUUACUUUCUUCUUUUACUGUGUGGUGAUUCCACUAUCUACUUUUUUCCCUGAAGUCAAGAUUCCUACGUGGGGAGUUGUUUAUAUUCCAACCAUCAUUACCAUCCUCAAUGCAGCUGGAACCCCAAGCUCUCUGCAUCUAACUUUCAUUUGGAUCCUUUUCGAGAAUGUCAUGUCCUUGCACCGAUGCAAAGCUGUGUAUAUUGGUCUAUUUGAUGCUGGAAGAGUAAAUGAAUGGGUUGUCACAGAGAAAUUAGGAAACAUGCUGAAGACGAAACCAGUUGUUAAUGCUGCUAGGACCUUUCAGAAGAAAUUCUGGGAAAGGUUCCUUUUCCUGGAGAUUGCAAUGGGAAUAUUCCUCUUCGUAUGUGCAUAUUAUGACUACGCCUUCAGCAGAAAUCAAUACUUCAUAUACAUUUUUCCGCUAUCCAUCUCAUUCUUCAUAAUGGGCUCUGGUUACGUUGGCAUCUUUAUACCGGGGGCACAGCAGGCGAAUGCAGUGUGAACAUGAAGAUAUGUUGAGCACCAUCUUAAUCUCUUCCCCCACGUCAAAAUUCUUUUAUGGAUUCGCAUUUCCAUUGUGUAAAUUUGAACUGAAUAAGAGGACCCAUCAAAGCUUCAUAUUGUGGAGAAACAAUUAGUUGAUGCCAUGGUAAACACUAGUAGACUGCUUCCACAAUGGCAGCUAAAAGAUAGUGCAUCCUCAGUAGGCUAAUUUCUUAAAGAGAGAUCAACAAGAAAAUUUUUCAUGCAACUGAACUGUUAUUCGUUUCGAUGCAACACAUCUGGAUCUUCAUCAUUAUUUCUGAACAGAGAAGUCUUCCAUCAUUAUUUUGUUCAUUUGUAAAUGUUCUAUUUGAUUGAGACAAUCUUACUUGCCAUGCUGAUGAAUAAUAAAAUGGUACCCAUGGAAGCAGAGCUGAAGGGGGUCCUUCUCAUUUUCAUGCA